AUUGUUGAACGUCAUCGCGGAGAGACGCGAUUUCUUGGGAACCACACUGACUACAAGCUUCAUAUUUGAAAAAUACACAAAACACAACAAUACUUCGUGCGCGCGAGUGUUUCUCUACCUGUUGAUUCAGUGGUUGCAGCGUGGCAUUGCGAGAUAUCACGAGUGCAAUAGUGUUUACGAGUUGGGUGAUAACAAAUGAUGUAGCGUUGACCUGUUUGAACUGACCUGACCCGGCGAUAUUAACAUAGCAUCAAAACAAACCUCCACUGCCGCCGGUCAACAUAAAAGCAGCAGCGUCCUUCGCUCAGCUCUGGAUAAUAAAUAUUAAUUUUUCACAGUUCAUCGAUUAUUAGUUCUUUAGUAGCAUAGUGUGGUGAAUAAACAUUUAUAUAAGUCAUCUUAACAGCUCACUCACACGAUGUGGUGCCGGAGAUUGUACACAUGCUGUUCCGUGCAUUUACUUUUGCUGUCGACGCUGUUGACCUUCACACAGUGGCCCAUUCGACAGGUCGAUGCACAAUUUUCAGUGGACCAGAUGAGAGUCGUGGCUCAGUCAAAUAACGAGACCAACUUUCAGCAAACGUUGAAGAGGAUACUCAAACCAAGAAUUGUAGGUACCGCAAGUCAUGACGAAGUCAAACGAUACAUCGUGGAACAGCUUAAUCAGCUCCACUUCGACGUUGAAUUGGAUGAGUUCAGCGGCAAAACGCCCCAUUUUGGGAGACUCAAAUUUUCCAACAUAAUCGCGAAACUAAAUCCGACCGCGGACAAAUAUCUAACGCUUGCAUGCCACUACGAUAGCAAGUAUUUCCGGGAGCAUGCCUUCGUGGGUGCCGUAGACUCUGCCGUGCCGUGCGCGAUGAUGCUUAACUUGGCAAAAACAACCGAAUCGGCACUUGAUUUGCUCAAAAAUAACACGGAUCUUAGUUUGAUGCUGAUAUUUUUCGACGGCGAAGAAGCUUUCCGCAAGUGGUCCGCAGCAGACUCACUCUACGGCUCACGUCAUCUGGCAUCGAAGUGGACCACGAUGCCAUACGUUUCAAAAACUCUCGCAAAGUCCAUGCGAGAGAUUGAUAGGAUCCAGCUGAUGGUGCUGUUGGAUUUGAUUGGUGGAGAAAAUCCCAAGUUUUAUAGUUUUUUCGAUAACACGAAAAAUUACCACCGGAGAUUGAGCAACAUUGAAUCAUCACUGCGAAAAAGUAGACUUCUGCUGAAGGACCCAAAAAGUAACCAAAUGUUCAUUGAUAAAGUGGCCCUCAAUCGGAUAGAAGACGAUCAUCUGCCAUUCUUGAAACGAAAUAUACCAAUUCUCCAUCUUAUUCCGAUUCCAUUCCCUAAACACUGGCACAAACCAGAGGACAAUGAAAUAAACCUAAGUUCAAAAACAAUUAAAAACAUAAAUAUGAUUUUUCGGGUUUUUAUGCUUGAGUACUUAACUUAUUGUAACAGUAAAUACGGAAAAUCAUUGAAUAACUGUUUGGAUUAAACGUUCAAAUAAGCCAACCAUACUCAAGAAGCUUUAGUCACUACUCCAUACAAAGAUUUAUUUAUGCAAAUAUGUUUUUUUUUCGAAUUGCUAAUCUAUUUAUUGUCCCGUAGCACCGUUUAAAAUGUAGCAUUUUGAUCUACUUUAAAAAUAUAUGUUUUGAAAAAUUUUA